UGGUUAUAUCAAUCAUUUUAAUCAUUUAAUUAACACCAUUUAUGGGCUCGCCCAAAUUUAUAAUUUGCCGUUUUCCCGUAAUAUAAAGUAGUAAUUGAUAUUAAAUAACAAUAAAGAAACUGUUUGAUAUUGUGAAACUGUGCUGUGUCGAAGAAAUACUAAAACCGACAGGAUAUAAAGUUCUAAAAGAUGGGGAAAACAUAUUGCCAGUCAUGUAAAAAGAAAUGUUCGGGGGAGGUUCUUAGGGUUCAAGACAAGUAUUUUCAUAUGCAUUGUUUCAAAUGUAAGGUGUGCGGCAGUUCCCUAGCAAAGGGAGGAUUCUUCUCCAAGGACGGCGAAUACUACUGUACAACUGACUACCAAAAGAAUUUUGGAUCAAAAUGUGCUGUGUGCAAUCAAUAUGUGGAAGGAGAGGUAGUAACUGCUUUAGGGAAAACUUACCAUCAAAAAUGCUUUACUUGCGAUAGGUGUAAGCAAAGCUUCCCAUCAGGAGAGAAAGUUACGUACACCGGCAAAGAGGUGCUUUGUCCAAAAUGUGUUCAAAUACCUACCCAAAACGCCACUCCAAAAAGUAGUCCAACUACCAAUAGUGCCAACGAGUGUGCUGGAUGUAAGGAAGAAUUGAAAGAGGGCCAAGCUUUGGUGGCUUUAGAUCAGCAAUGGCAUAUUUGGUGUUUCAAAUGCACCACUUGUGGUACCGUACUACAUGGGGAGUAUAUGGGUAGAAAUGGAGUUCCGUAUUGCGAAAAGGAUUACCAGAAACAAUUUGGAGUCAAAUGUGCUUACUGCAAUAGAUUCAUUAGUGGAAAAGUUUUGCAGGCUGGAGAUAAUCAUCACUUCCAUCCAACUUGUGCCCGUUGUACGAAAUGUGGGGAUCCAUUCGGUGACGGGGAAGAGAUGUAUCUUCAAGGUGGAGCCAUUUGGCAUCCUCGUUGCGGACCUGGUCCAACUGAAAACGGAGAAAUCCUUAAUGGUACUGGCGAAGUUACCAAUGGUAACUGCACCGACACCGAUAUGUCAAUUAAAGAUUACGACCGGCAUAGUACGUCUGGUGCUAGCGAGUUGCAGUUUUCCAUGAGAUCACGUACUCCUAGCUUGAAUGGUUCAUUGUAUAGCCCCACAAGCAUGUCUAGAAAGAUGUUUGGUUAUCGUUCUCCAUCACCAGGAUUGAUAUUAAGGGAUCAUAAUAAAUCAGCCCAUUUAGCCGAUGAUAUAUCAAGAAUAUACACGUACAGUUACCUUACGGAAGAACCCACUCAAGGUUAUCUUAGAAAACCAAUCGAUCCGUACGACAGGGCUCCUACAUCUCCGCAUUUUCACAGACCGACUUCUCAAAACUCUCUAAGAAGUAGUUCGGGAUCGGGAAGAAGGAGCACUUCGCGGACAGCAAUGAAAGUUCUGGUCGACUCGAUGCAUACGGAUGUACCAAGACCCAAAUCGCCCCAUAUGAAUAACGAAGAACCCAUAGAAUUGGCUCAUUUCCCCGGAGCUAAACCACCUCAGCCAGGCGAACCUACGAAAAUAGAGCGUGACGAUUUCCCGGCCCCUCCGUAUCCGUAUACAGAUCCAGAGCGCAGGAAACGCUGGUCGGAUUCAUAUAAAGGUGUCCCGUCUGACGAAGAUGAGGUAGAUGAUGCCACUGCGAGAGAAAUUCAAGAUCAAAAAUUGAAGAAAGAAGAGAAUGAAUUAAGUAAAAUAGCGAGUGGAAUAGGAAAAGUAUUUUUAAAAGAAGUUCAAGAACGGGAAAAAUAUAAACAAUGGAAAGCAGCUAACCUUGACCCUAGGAACGCUUCCAGAACUCCAUCUGCAAAGAAAGAGCCUAACUAUAGCUUUAGAUAUGAUAACCCAAUUGGUGCAAGCCCUUCUAGGAACUUAGACCAUCAGAGACCCUUCGACGAUGACGAUUUUGAUAGGUCUUUGAGCUGUCGUUCAUCUAUGGGUCGAUCUAUAGGUGCUAUACCAAAUUACAAUGUAGUAUCAGCGUUACGAACGGUACCUAAACCUGGUUACGGGCUCAAAUCGUCCACUCUAUCCAGUAGAAAUGAAUUUGGUGAUUAUUCAUUUAGUGGAAUGGGUACUAAAACUUAUAGUACUGACUUCAGUUGCGGAAAGUCUGAUAUUUCAACCGGGUCCAUAACCGAUGUCGAACGACGUGCUAUGAAUUGCGAAAUGCCAUUAUCGACAACGUACACUGGUGGUUUAGGCCGAUAUCCCACUGGUGGUUAUGCUUCUCAACAGGUGCGACGCUCUUUACCAAAUAUGGCUCAUUCAAUACUGAUAAAUGAACCAGCAAAAAUUUAUCCUUACCAUUUACUAGUAGUUACUAACUUCAGAUUGCCUUCCGACGUCGAUAGAUUAAACUUAGAGAGACAUCUGUCAGAUCAAGAAUUUGAGGCGUUAUUACAAAUGGCAAGGUCAGAUUUUUACCGGUUACCACAAUGGAAAAGGAACGAAAUGAAACGGCGCAUGCGCCUCUUUUAAUAGAAAUCAAGAAAUUAAAUACAUGUUUAGAAAUAAUACGGUGCUGUAAAGAAAGUAUGAAUGAUUUUCAAUGCAGAAUGCACAGGAAUCCUAAUUUUACUUAAAGAAAAACUGAACUCAAAAGAAAUGUUAUCUAGAAUAAAAUUGGCAUAUUGGAUAAUUUCAAAAACAUAUAUAAUAUUUGAUGUACAAAAAGACAUAAUAAAAAUGUGAGCCAAUAAUCAACAUAUAAAAAAAUAGAGCAAAAAAUAUUCCAUUAAAUUUAAAUUUUUCCUUGUGCUUUUUCAAGUACCUUCAUUCACUACCGACCAUGCUAGUAGAGUAUUAUAGACUAGUUGAUAUGUUUCAUAGUUUACAAGUAUGACAGUUUUUCUUUAUAUUUAUUAGUAUAGACAUGCAUUUAAUGCAAUAUUGAAAAUCAUUUUUAUAGAAUUUUAAAAGAAACUAUCUUUAAUGCGUACGCUUUGCCAACUGGAUCUUCAACUGCAAAAGCAAUGGUCACCCUGUUCCUUCCUUUUAUUGUUUUGUUUAGAGUUUUAUUCAGCUAUGCUUAAAGAAAUACAAUUAAGGCAAAUGGGUUGCUUGUAUACAAAUAAAUAUGAUUGGUGUCUCUAUAAAGUUGAGAGUAUGUGUGUCACAGGUGCGGAGGCAUUCGUCACACUUUGAAACCCUUUUUUUAAUCGAUUGUUCACGUUGUGAUUAUCAACAUAUCUUGGAAAAUCAAAUUUUUAUCAAAUACAUCCAACAAUCUUAGCUAUCUUUACCCCUAUUUUAUCGUCUGUCCUUAACUAAAAAUAUAGCCUGGCGCGAAGCUUCUAUUAAUAAUCUAUCAUUAUACAAGUUUUCACGAAUAUUUACGAAUUCUUUAAUACACGACAUGGAUAUUAGUAUGAAUUAUUUACAAUCCACGAAAAACCAAUAAUUGGUAUUGCCCACUGAUUACCAUUGGUUAGUGCCCUGUAAAUUGUUGUUCAAUCCCUUUAAAUUAUCAUCAAAUAUUAUAUCAUUUCUUAUUCGUAAAUAUUUCCUUUUCUCCAUCACAUUCUCUCUCACCCCUUUCUUUUUCUCAUCGCCCUCUCUGUCUUAUCUAUCUUUCUCUCUCUCCAUACUCUCUGUCCUGGUUUACUCACCUGGCUACCCAAUCCAUUAUUCAUAGAAUUUGUGAUAUCUUAUAGUUACGAUCAUGGGAAAUUAUAAUAUUCUUUUGUGUGCCUAUUCUGGUGAUGGUGCCUAUCUCUGUGGAUGUUUGCAAUCUCUUUGGUCCAUGUGACUUUGUUGACGUGUCAUCAUAUUUUUCAGCCCCGAUGUCGUUUGUCGCAAUAAGUUAUUUUAAUUAUCUGAAUUAGUUGGUACUUCUUGUUGGACACUCUAAGUAUAAUACCUUUCUGAUUUUCUUAGUACAUAUUUCUUCAAAUUUUUUUGCACAUUAGAUCAUGUUGUUAUUUGUGACAUAAUGAAACUAUGCAAUUCUGAGCAAAGCAGCAAUAUCACCACAUUUCGAAGUUUUGUAGUCGUUCAGAUGUUACCUUUGUCAAGGUCCAGGCUUCUCCUCCUUAUAAAAGGAUGGAAAACAACAUCGGAAGACUUGUAUUCUUGUAUCAAUGUUCAGCUGCAUGUUACAUAGGGUCUUUCUGAGGCUAUAUCUUAUAAAGAUGUUUGAAUUUCCAUGUCAGUGUGUACCAAAAAAAUUUCUUCGAACUGUAAGGGCCGGUUUUUCGAACGCUAAUCAAGAAGUUGAUUAUAAUUAAGUCCCAUUAACAACCAUCAAAUAACAACACCCCUCAUUCGUUCGUCAAUCAGUUGAUUGUAAUCAUUUAUGUUAAUUAUCAUUAUCAUUAUGAUAAUUAACAUAAUUGAUUAAUAAAUCUCAUAAUUAUAAUCAAUUAUGUUUUCAGCAACCCUAACAAAGUUGACAUUGACAGUUGGUGAUAGUAAUUAAAUAUUUGAUAAUGAUCAGUUGAUUCCAUUUUUGAUUAGCGUUCGAACAACCGGCCCUAAAUGUUGUAUUUGUGAGAUUCUUAUUUGCACCUAUCAAUUGUUCAUCAUUGUAUACAAGCAAUUAUUUCAGCAGUGAUUCUGAUGUGUGUAAGUAAUAAGUACAAAUCUGUUCAUAUUUUUCAUUUUCUGUGAUAGUCUUGUAAUACGAUAUAUGGUUUCUAUGUGAAAAGUGCAAGUUGCAGUAGUUUGGUACGAAUUUUCAGGUGAAGUUCUUUAAAAUAGUUGAAUAAGACCAAACAUUAUACUUAUUUUUCUUUGCCAUAGGUACACUUUAAGACGUAAUGGUACUAUUUAACAUUGUUUGGAUGUAUAUUUUAUCAUAUUUAUUUUCUUUUUUUAUAUAUAUAAUACAGAGUAAUUUACGAUACCGAUAUUAUCGUACUAGCGUUAUUUAUCCUAAGUGACGUUUAAAAAAAUAUAUUUUAAUAUUUGACUUUAGUUAGAUGGAUAAAUAUCAGUCCUUAUGUGUUUACGUAAAAAAUAGUAUUAUAUCUUAUAGUGUUUUAUCUGUAUACUGUAUUUAUUAAUGGUUGUCAGUACUUCAAUAUGUACAAUACAAUCUAUAUCCGGGUCGAAGGACCAAUGUAUGCCCUGUCAAUCAUUAAAAAAUAUAUUAUAAAGUAAUUUAAUUUAAAAUUUCAUUUAAUAGCAACUCCUGUUUUAUACUUAGUUUAUGGAUAUUAUCUAACCUUUUUAUAUAAAAAAUAAUACUGCAAAAUAUUUAAAUUCCCAAAAACUGAACAGUUUUAAUUAUAACAUUUGAUAAGGACUGAAAUUUAUACAUCAACUAUAGAUAUGUAAUUAGAGUAGAAAAACUUUUGGAAAGAAUUUGACGAGAAAAACAUUUUACUUUUCAAUUGAUAUAAGGCAUUCGCCAAAUUUGCAGACCGAAAGGGCUUAUCUGGAAAGCAAAAAACCCAAAGGACGAUUUCCAGGUAAGCUUAAUUAUGGAUUUACACUGGAUUUGCUUUUUCUACCGUUUUGAGGCUAUAUAUUCACUUUAUUUUAAAUAUGGUACCCGAUAGACAAACGUACUACAUUUAAAUUUUUGAAGGUAAAAAGUACAAUUUCAGGCAGCCCGUAUAUAAUACCUAAAGAACUAUUUUGGCAGGUUUUUUUUUUAUUUAAACGUAAUUUAAUAUAUUAUUGUUAUUGGCUAAAUGUAUAAAAAUGUUGAUAAUUUAUUCUUAAAGUAUAAUCGUCAAUUAUUCUGUAUAUUUGUGUUGUUUUUCUUUAUAUUAUAUAAUAUAUUCUUUUAUGUAUUCUUAUUUACAUAGUUUUACGUGACCUUUAUGGAAGUGCUUAAAGAAUAGUUGUAAAAUAGGUUAUUUUUCCAAAGUGAAUCCAAAAAAUGAAGUGGUCCGAAUCUCAGUGCUGCGAAGAUUCUGUUUCGUUUAAUAAAGUGAACUUCAGUGCUAGCCAAAAGUCCCCUCCCCCUUGUAUCUUUUGAACGGUUAUACUUAUAAUGGGGAAAUUUGGAGGGAGGAAAUAAACGGACGUGGGCUUCUCAAAUAGUCAUAACAGGUGACCUAAUAGUCAUAAAUGACGUUACACAGCCAAUGUGACCGACAAUUUUAAAUGGGACCUUAUGGCAAGUUAUAUCUCGUUUGAAAGGUAUUGAAAAUACCUAUCUAUCUAAUGUUGUGAGGUCCUGAGAUCGAGCUGGCCAUUCUCAGGGUGUCCCCGAAAAUACUGCGUUCCUUAAAGGUAUAGGUAGAAGGCUCAAUGUAGAGCAAAAAACCUUGAUAACAUUUUUUUCUAAAUUGAGCAGUUUGACCAAAAAACGAAAAUACAUUUUGAUAUGCAAAUUGAAGUCUGGCAACAACGCGCAACUUAAAAAUCUAAAGAUUAAAAAAGUAGGUUUGUAGGUCAGUUGCAUCUGGUAGGUAAAAUAAUGUAAAUAUCAACCAAACCCAUAUCCAUUAUUUUGCAGGUAGGUACCUACGAUGUCAACAACCCCAAAAAUCAUACCUCAAAGUAAAUAAACAGGUUAAAUUACAGGGUAUUAGGUUAAAUUUCCACAGUCACAGCAAGUUCUUCUAGGCUACGUUGCCAUGUCAUUCAAAUUUAUGAAAAUAAAAAUUCACUUGUAUGGAGAACAAUGUAAUUUUUUCUUGGAAACGGUUAACUUUAGAAAAAAAUGUUAUAGGACUUUUUUGUUCUAAAUUGUGUAUUAAAUCCAUACCUUAAAGGAACGCACUAUUUUCGGGGACACCGGACACCCUGUGUAGAACCUGGUUGUCCAAUCCAUCUACCACGAUAUUUCUCAUCUAGGUAACGUCUUACCUCUAGAUACACUUCAGUGGUUAAGUUAGCAUUGAGAAAAACAGGCCCAACUAUGUGGUUUCCCAAAUACCUACCCAAGCAUUUACUUUUCUGUGAAUUGAGUAUGUUUUUCAUGAAACACGUGAGGAUCUGUGUCACUCCUAAUACCCCACAUUGUGUGUUAGCAUUUCCAUUGAAGGAAAUGUACUUUCGUCACUAAAACAAAUUGUUUUUAUGUAAUCUGACUGUUGGUUAAUUUGAUUGGACAUAUUUUCACGGAAUUCUAGUCUUCACUCGGCCACUUUGAUGAUUUCACAGAUAGAACAACUUAAGCUAUAGAAGAAGACCAUUUCUGCAAUGAUGUCAAUUUUUUGUCAUCACUAAUUGUUGGUUGAUCAGAUCGUUUGUUAUCUCGAACACUACCUGUUGCUUCAAACUUCCGAAGGAGCUCCCUUAAACAAGUCCUCGAUAUAGGGCGAUCGGGUUACUGACACAGCUGCUACAGUACGUACCAUUCUGCUUAUUAAAUAUUUAAACGGCUCGUUAAACAGUAAUUAAACUAAAUAUUCAAGGUAUAAACACUUUUGUAAAAACUUAGGAAAGUAAAAACAACUAGAGAAUUGAAAAACGUUAACUUUUUUGACAAAUAUCCAGGGGCGGACGUUAGAAUCUGUAUUUAGUUAAAUACGAAACCAUAAUUUUGGUAUUUAUUUAAUUUAUUCAUCAAAUCAGCUUACACCCAAACCAAAUUGUAUUAUUGUAUAGGUAUGUUCAAACUAGAUACCACUUGCUAUAAGAUCCCAUUUAAAACUAUCAACCACAGUGGUUCUGUAACGUCCUCUACCACUAUUACGUCACCAGUUAUGACUAGUUGAUGAGCCUACGUCCGCUUAUUUCAUUCCUCCAAAUUUCACUAUUUGAAGUAUAACCGUGCAAAAGAUACAAGGGGAGGUGACUUUGGCUAACACUUAAAUGGGUCUUCAUAUUGCUGAGAUUCGGAAUAUUUAGAGUGUAAAAUGUGUGGUUAACUAUAUCUUUAAGAAUUGAAGUGUAAAACCCACAGUUUUUUUGAUUAGUUGUAUUUAACCAUUUUUCCUGUCUCUAACAACGAUUCAUCUUGCCUUUUUUACUCUUUAUAUAAAAAAUAUAAGUACCACCGUAACUGAUGGUAAAAGGUAUAGUUAACUUUAUAGUUUACGUAUGUACUGUAUAUAGUAAGUCAAUGAUAUUGAUUAAGGUCUCUAACGGAAACUGAACGGCUACAAAUGGUGUUGAAUGACGACAGAAACUCCAGUCACUAAAUUUCAAAUAAACACAGAUGAUGAGGCAACUUGAGGCACAACAAAUCUAGACAACUGGUAACGGACAAUUCGUAACAGCGACAGUUCGUAACGGCGAUAGUUUUAUUCUGUUUAUUUUUGUUAACGUGGAAACUAACUGUUAUUACAGUUAUAAUUAAAAUUAUGUUUAUUAAUUUAACGAAUCAGUACCGGGAUAAAGAUGUUAACACAUUUUAUGUUUCGUGUUUCAGACUAUAUUAAAAGUCUUUAAACACAAACAAAUAUUUAAAUACAUACAAAUUUUAACAAUAUUUUUUAAAAGUUUAACCCUCUUAUUGUUCCUUAUAUUUGCAUAUACCUAGACAAAUGCAUAAUGAAGUAAUUCGUGAAAUAUUUAAGCCAACAACCGUCUUUAGACAUUCCCAAUUUUCUAGUAAACAUUUUGUAAAGGAAAGAUUAUAAUUACCUGUUAUUAUAAACCUUGUGAUUGGUUAUAGCGAUGGGGUAUUCAAUCAACGGUUAUAGUUGAUAUGAGGGAUGGCUUUUAAUAUGGUUUAAAUACUUUUAUUAUAUUUUGAAACACGAAAUAUGAAAUGCCUUAAAAAUGUUUAUCCUGAUACUGAUUCGUUAUAUUGAUAAACAUAAUUUCAUUUAUAAUUGUAUUAACAUUUAGUUUCCACGUUCAAAAAUAAAUAGAAUAAUUCAAUUUGGACGUUACGAAUUUGUAUAGUUACGAAGUGUCGCCGUUACGAACUGUCGCUGUUACGAACUGUCGCGUUACGAGAUGUCAUGGAAUCGGUUUUGAUGUCCGUAUCACAAGGUUGGAAUAAACUUCAAUCGAAAAGCUUAUUUGCAAAGUGUAAGGUCACAGUGUGUGUCAAACGAAAACUCUCAAUUUUUCGAGAUAAUCGAAAAAAACACUUACGCUACUAAAAAAUGGUCGAACUUUUUAAAAUCGAUUUAAACUUUCCUGCUCCAAUUAGCUUCCUCAGAAAAGUGCGCAUGCCGAGUUAAAUGUUUAACCGUUCAAACAGCGCAAGCGCACAAGAAGCUCAAUUUGUCAAUGUUCAAGUUAAAUAUUGUAUGGGAUUACACCAGUUAAUUGCAAUAAACAUUACAUUUUACAUUUGUUUUCGGCGCUUUGUAGCAGCCAAUUUGACAGUUGACUUGUACUCGACCUUGUAGACAAACAGCAAUGUUGUGACUUCAUGUUUCAGCCACACUUGUCUUCGUUCGUACUAAAUCCAUGGUUGUGCUAAAUCAACUAAGUAAUUUACAAUAGUCAAGGUUGUACCGUUAGAGAUCAAUUAUCGAUAUCUUUUACAACUUUGGCAGUAUAUGUUAUAUAUUUUAUUUUAUAUAAGUAGAUUUGUUUCAAAACUAUUGCAAUAAAAGUUGUGCUUCAGAAUAAGCUAAUAGAAAAUGGCUUAUAUAAUGUUCCUGCUGUGAAAGCAUCACAUUUUUAUAUCACUUUUAUUAUUUUCUUUUUUGUGUAAGUUAUUUUCUACUUAAUUUUGAAUGCAGCGCUUAUUUAUAAUUUAAGAUAAAAAAUAAAAAGAAAAGAUCAUGGAAAUGGUACAAUAAAUAUAAUUGAUACAGAGUAUGGGAAAUUCUUAAAGAAUAUUAGUCCCAAUGUAUCACCUAAUCUUCGUAAAUAUUGUUCAUUGUACUCAUUAUUUUUUUUACUUCUAGUCCUUUUUUUCUUGUUGUAUUUGAAGAGAAUAAAAUUUGAUCUUUCACUUUUGUUUUUCAUUGCAGUCUCCAUUUUGCUCAAUACAUUAAUUUGAUAAGAGGUUUUUUUAACGUUUUUAUGCUUUCCGAUAGCAAUUUAUUUCUAUUUCCUCAAAAUAUUGUAAAAUUUCAGCUAUAACCAGCUUCGUUUGGAAACAAUAAUCACACGGAGCUAAAUCUGGCAAUUACAGUGAGUGAUUUAUCAAUUCCUAUUCCAAUCCCGGUAGUCUUGGCCCUCUUCGAUGAACCACUAUUCUUUCUUCGUAAUAUUGUUUUCAAAUGAACUUUAAGACUAUAUUUCACAUCUGCCAGAUUUUGUUGACGGCUCAUUUAUGACGUUCUGAUAUUUCUGUUUUUUUUUUUCGUCCCAUUUUUUAUACUUUUAACUAACAGUUACUAACAGCAAGUAUAUCUUGAAAGCUUGCUAUCAGAAUUGUUGAAAAAAAAACAUUUUCUAGUAUAUUUUUAUUUAAACAGUAAAAUAGUAUCACAUGUACUGCAAAAGUUAUAGUUGUAUAAAUUAUCUAGAAAUAGCUGUCUAAUGAUUAUUGCAUAUUAAAUCUUUAAAAAUCAGAAAAAUAGCUUUUGUUAUAUUUAUUUUUCAUUUAUUAACCGCAAGAUGGAGCCAGAGUAAAGUUUAAAAAUAAUUCGCUAUACGUAGAAACCUAUAAUUUUAACGCGAAGUAUAGAAUAUCGUAUUUUUUAUUAAAGAGUUUUGUUCAGAAAAUAGUAAAAUAUAUUUUUGAGUAUUAUCUCUUUACAGCCUUGCCAUUGGCCAAAAAUUGUUCUCGUUAUGUGUUCUGAAACUAUUACGAUAAUAAUAAUAAGUGUUCCUUGCUCACUAACAUAAAAUUGAAGACAUUUUAGCAUUUUAUGUGGUUUAUUUUGUAUAUUAUAAUAGUCUUGAGUUGUGAUCUCCUCGCAUAAACUCCAUUAUGCACACAUAACAGUUAUGCUUAGGCAAAAUACGACACAAAAACUGAAGUUCUCAUAAUAUAAAACCACUUUUGGUAUAUAUAGCCCGGGAGGUAGUGUCAAAUUUAACUGGAGCAUUUAUUUUAGCAUGGCUGUUUUCUUUUUAUUUAGUUAGGUGUUUCAAAGCUUAUUAACAAAUGAUGUGUCAGCUGGCCCAAAACCGGGGAUUUUAGCCAAGAAAAGGUAAAAUGUGAAACUUGAUGGAAAAACGCUAUAACUUAUAUGUCAAAUAUUUAUCACCGUGACUUACGUGUAUAAUAGCCAAUGAUACCUAGCUACUGGCUGUCACCCAGACGAUUCGGGUUCAAAUCGUGGCCCUGAAAAUGUUUUUUGUUUUUAAAAUUGACAUUUUGAUUUGAAAAAUAAUUGUUUUUUGAUAAUACCACGUUUUUAUUAUUUAUACGACACAAUAUAAAAAAGUCUGUAUGUCUUUUAUAGAAUCGUAAACUUUGCAUUUGAUCAUAUAUAUUCAGCUGACGCUUUUUUCUUACAAUCUAAAAUUCAUAAAUUAAUUAUUUAUACUUUUUAAUCUUUGCCAAACUACAUAGUUCAAGAAUAUUUUUUUAUUAUAAAUAAUGUUUAAAAUUUAAAUACCUAAAAAUUACCAGAAAGCCAAAAAAUACUCAAAAAUAUUGCGUAUACUUUUUUUCUAAUAAAUAAUAUUGUUUUUGUGCUGUCUGCGUAAAUAAUGAUUACUUGAUGACUAAGAUUGGUCGUAUUAACUCAGAUACCUUCCCGGGUCCAUGUACAACAACUUUGCUUGAUGUCAUCAUAUGAUCAAAUGCACAGUUUACGAUUCGAUAAGGGCAUACAGACAAACAUUCAUUUUUAUAUAUUAUAGAGAACAAGGAUAUAUUUAGAUUAAUAAGGGGUUGGUGAUAGAAAAGUGAAAAAUUAGUGUAAAAAAAUAAAAAAGAACGUCGGAGGGGGGGGGCACCCCCUUUUUCACUUAGAUCGUACUAACCAAAUAAGCUUUAGGGGAUUAUGUACAACAACUUUGUUUAUUAAGGAGGUCAGUCAUAAUAAUAUUAUGAUAUUAUCAUUAUGAUCAAAUGCAUAGUUUACGAUUCUAUAAGACAUACAUACAGACUUUUUUAUAUUGUGUCGUAUAAAUAAUAAAAACGUGGUAUUAUCAAAAAAAAAUUAUUUUUCAAAUCAAAAUGUCAAUUUAAAAUUAAAAGAUUUUCAGGGCCAGGAUUUGAACCCGAGUCGUCUGGGUGAAAGCCAGUAGCUAGGUAUUAUUGGCUAUUAUACACGUAAGUCAUGGAGAUAAAUAUUUGACAUAUAUAAGUUGUAGCGUUUUUCCAUCAAGUUUCACAUUUUACCUUUUCUUGGCUAAAAUCCCCUGUUUUGAGCCAGCUGACACAUCAUUUGUUAAUAAGCUUUGGAACAUCUAACUAAAUAAAAAGAAAACAGCCAUGCUAAAAUGCUCCGGUUAAAUUUGACACUACCUCCCGGGCUAAUAGGUCAAAAUUUUAAUUAACAACCCACUAUUAGUUUGACAGAUGUGUAAAGAUUUGAUUGUGCAAUUUUCUAGACUGUUAAUUUAUAUAACUAAAACCAAAUAAGUGAUGUUUUCAAAUUUUAGGCUGUAGAUAUCUACAACAUAGUAUAUAUUUAUUAUACCAUGGAAACAAGAAAUUGUGUAACAAAAGGUUUUCUCUUCAUUUUUCUAUUUUCUUUUUGAGAAAUAUAUUAUUGUUUAUAACAGUAUCUACGUAUAUAGAAAUGCAGAGUGUUGAAUAAAAAAUAUAAGACGGAAACAUAAUGGAUGUGCCUUGCGAAUCUACAGGAAUAUUAUUAAAUAUGCUAUAAUUUUACACAAUUUCCUUUUGUCACACAAUCUGCUUGAUCCUUAAAUUUAAAAACAUCCCCGUAAUUACUAAGAAACAAAAAAUGUUAGUAAAUAAAUCUUUAUAUUAGAAACCAAUAAAUAAAAAAUAAAAGGCGUUUAGAUUGCAAUAAAAUGUUGCUAUUUUGGGCUAGUCGUUCGAUCAUCGUUUAAUUAUAGAAUAAGCUAAAAUAUGGUAUUUUUUAUAUUUGAUAGCUUUUUGCCACUAAAAAUGUUCCAGUGAUUGUUAUUUAGAUUUAGUGAUGAACCUUCCUAUGCAUUUUAACUUCAUUUUCAUAUCGGUUACUUUGGUUUGGUUAUUUUAUUAUGUUACUUUUAAUGUAUAACAAGCACAAUGCCUUAUUAAAAUUCUUGUAUAAA